AUGGUGGUGCGGCACGGCUCGGACAAGGGGAAGGCCGGGGUAGGCGUGCCGUUGGAGCCCUUCCUGCACCAGGUCGGGGGCCACCUGAGCGUGCUGCGGUACGACGCCUACACGGUAUGCAAGCCCCUUAUCUCUCAGGAACAGAAGUUCUACGAGUCCCUGCCACUGGCCAUGAGACGCUUCACUCCGCAGUACAAAGGUACCAUCACGGUGCAUCUCCGGAGAGACAGCAGAGGCCAUCUCGGCCUGGUUGCCAACCCGUUGAAGGAGAACCUGGAGCCUUUCCAGGUCUCCCCAGAGUCCAGAGCGGUAGCUCUCUGGCAGACACUUCAGCAGACCACCAGCAGUGAGGGCAGCCCCUGCCCCCUUGCCCAGAUGGCUCACUCACUGAAGGAGAGUGCAGCCAAGGCGCUCCUGAGGUCCGACUGCCACCUCAGUACCCAGGCCUCCCCGCUGGUGGAAAGUGCAGAUGGGAGCCAGGUGGAGAGAAAGGGCUUCAACCCGUGGGGCCUGCACUGUCACCAAGCCCACCUGAGUCGCCUGUGCUCCCAGUACCCGGAGGACAAGCGGCACCGGUUCUUGCUGUUGGAAAACGUGGUGUCCCAGUACAAGCAGCCCUGCAUCUUGGAUCUAAAGAUGGGGACCCGGCAGCACGGGGACGACGCGUCGGAGGAGAAGAAGGCCCGUCACAUGAAGAAGUGCGCGCAGAGUACUUCCGCCUGCCUGGGCGUGCGAAUCUGUGGCAUGCAGGUUUAUCAAACCGAUAAGAAGAGUUUUCUCUGCAAAGAUAAGUACUAUGGAAGGAAGCUCUCUGUGGAGGGAUUCAGGCAAGCCCUUUCUCAGUUCCUCCAUGAUGGAAUCCGCCUCCGCACCGAGCUCUUGGAGCCCAUCCUGCGUAGGCUGCAGGCGCUGCUCACUGUCAUCAGGAGCCAGAGUUCUUACCGCUUCUACUCCAGCUCCCUCCUCAUAAUCUAUGACGGGGAGCCUCCCCAGACGGCUCCCGCUCCCCAGACCACCCAAGGCAGCACUUCCGGUAGCACUUCCGGUGACCCCGCCAAAGUCGAUGUCCGGAUGAUUGACUUCGCUCACACGACAUACAAGGGCUCCUGGAACGAGCGCACCACCUACGAGGGACCAGAUCCUGGCUAUAUCUUCGGCCUGGAAAACCUCAUCGGGAUUCUGCGGGAUAUCCAAGAGGGAGAGUGAAGCUUCUUGGAACUUUCUGGGAUUUUUCUGGGCUGCAGAAUUUUGC